AUCUAUCCUUCUGUGUGCACGGUAAGAGAGACCCUGGAGGGCUAUGCGGCUGGUGGAUGCCUUCCCUAUGCGAAGGCGGUGGCGGCACGCCAGCCCUGGCUGCGACUCUACCUUCACGACUGGGUUGGCCUCCGCCCUGGUCUCUCUAGGACUGUGCCACACAUCAAGUCCUAUUGCCGCUGUUCACCUGACGGUCUCCGCAUUGCCUGGUUCCUCCUCACUAGGUAA